AUGGCCGAGACCGACAAGCAUUACUUCAAGUACCAGUACUUCCUCUCCGUCGUGCCUACUCUAUACACCAAGGGUCGAAGCGCCCUGGACGCAUACACCCGUUCUCCGGCGUCGGCCACCGCUCGCACUGGCCGUAACACGGUCUUCACGAACCAGUACGCGGCGACUAGCCAGUCUGAAGAGAUGCCCGAGACCCCGUACUUGGUCCCGGGCAUCUUCUUCAAGUACAACAUUGAGCCGAUUUUGCUGCUUGUCAGUGAAGAACGGGGCGGGUUCCUGGCGCUUGUUAUCCGGGUGAUCAACACCGUUAGUGGAGUUCUUGUUACCGGUGGUUGGAUUUACCAGAUCUCGGGUUGGGUCACCGAGAUUGCUGGGAGGAGGAAGAAGGAGCAGCCUGAGGGAUCCUAA